GCUCACUCAACCACACAAAACAUAGCUUUUAGAUCGAACCCUUUUGAUCAUUCUUAGUGAAAUAAAGACUCCAAAGGCAAGCAUGAGCAGACGUGAGAGCUACGGUGGUGGUCAGAGUUCUUUAGGCUAUCUCUUUGGUUCCGAUGAUAAGAAGAAAGAUACAGCACCAACAGCCACACCAGUAGUUUUUGCUCCGCCAUAUGGGAUCGACACCGGUGAGGAGGAGAAGCCACCAGACAAUCCUUCAGCGUCGUCUAAAGGAAAUGUCUCUGGAGACCCAAAGAGAUCACCUAAAGACCUCAAUUCCGGAAAGAGCAUUACUAUUCGGCCUUCAACAAAGGUGAAAUCAGUUCCAGGUGGAGAUUCAAGCCUUGGCUACUUGUUUGGAGAUAAGUCAUGAUACUUUCUUCAUGGACAAAGUUAGAAAACCUUUUAAGUAUGGCAGUGGUCUGCGAUGGUUGACCAAUUAAGUCAAUAAUGGAAUCCAGCAAGUUGUACUUUGCUGUUUGUGCAUUGCUUGUGUCUGAUCCUCCUAUGGAUGUUUACAGUGUAUUUGUGUGCAAACUGAUGAAGUUUAAUCAGGGUUUCUAGGGUUUACUAUGUGUGAGGUUCUUAAUUACAUGGAAAAUUACUAAAAAGAACGAAGUUAGGGUUUAAAUUGUAUCAAUGCUUGGGUAUUGUCAUGCACUUGAAUAAGAGCUCGUGCUUUUAUUUGUCCUAA